AGUGCGCUCAUUCACUGCGUGAGCGCCCAGAGGUUACGGGAAAACUACGUGUCCCGGCAUUCCAAGCGCGCAGCUAUCAGCUGAGCGGAAGUGGGCGCCCUGCGCUUAGCUGGCAUGGAGAGUCCGGCGGUGACUUUUACACUUGCCUACGUGGUGUUCUCCGUGUGCUUCGUGUUCACCCCCAAUGAGUUCCAUUCGGCCGGGAUCACUGUGCAGAACCUGCUGUCCGGCUGGCUGGGAAGUGAGGAUGUGGCCUUCGUUCAUUAUCACAUCAGGAGGAGCACUGCCACCCUAUUGGCUCACUCCCUUCUGCCCAUGGGAUACUUUAUAGGGUUGUGCUUUGCUGCUCCGGAAAAAGAGCUGUACAAUGUCCAUAAAGCAGCGGAUGGCUGGAAGGUGUUUGUGUUGAUGGCUGUCCUCCUGCCAAUAGCCACCAGCAUUCUUGCCUUCUAUUGGUCACAGAAGAGGUGGAGUAACCACCCCCUAGCCAAGACAUUGGCUCACCAUGCUCUUCCUCAGUCCAGCUGGAGGGCCGUUGCCUCUUCAAUCAACACCGAGUUCAGGAGAAUUGACAAGUUUGCGACGGGGGCCCCCAGCGCCAGGGUGAUUGUGACAGACACUUGGGUUAUGAAAGUGACAACCUACAAAGUGGACGUGGCUCAGCAGCAGGACAUUCACUUGACUGUAACCGACUCCAGGCAACACGAACUGUCUCCAGACUCCAACACUCCUGUGCAGUUCAUCACAAUACGGGUAGCCAGCAUCAACCCUAGGGUGAAACCUUUUGACAUCAGGCUGAAUUCCACAGAAUACGGGGAACUGCGAGAGAAACUUCACGCUCCUAUACGCAACGCUGCGAACAUUGUCAUUCACCAGACCCUUGGCGACAUGUUCCUUGACACGUUCAGAUCUCUGGUGGAAGCCAACCACACGUAUGAGAUUUCCAGCAAUCAGGAAUUGGAGCCGUGUAUAGGCUGCAUGCAGACCAAUGCCAACAUCAAGCUUGUGAAGUACUGCCAGGAAGCCAAUGAAGGAGAGUGCCAGCAGUGUUACUGUCGGCCCAUGUGGUGUCUCACGUGUAUGGGAAAAUGGUUUGCCAGCCGCCAGGACCAGCAGCACCCAGAGACCUGGUUGUCUAGCCAAGUGCCUUGCCCCACUUGCCGCGCAAAAUUCUGCAUUGUCGACGUGUGCAUAGUGCGGUGAAUGAGCGCUUCCGCUUCUUCAGUGUUUCGGCAGAACGUGGCAUCUUACCAGAGUGACUUUGUCUCUUCCUGAAAAGAACACGAGGGGGGGGGCAGCUAAAUGUUUGAUGCCAUUUUCUACUUACUGGUUUUCCUUAAACAGGUUCUUCUGGAUCGAGUUGAUUUCGGCACAAGUAUUGCUUGCUGUGAUUGUGAGAAUGACAGGGUGUGAAUAUGUGCCAACAUUUGGUGCUUGGGUGAUAGAUAUUAUCAGAGGAUGAUUUUUAUGGCUAAAUGUAGUCCCAAAAAGUAAAUACAGCGCCCUGGUAUCCAAGUGCAUCUUUUUUUUUUUUUUUUUUUUUUAUCACCAAACAAAGGGCAGUUGCGAACUACUGGCACCAGUAAAUGUUGCUGCACCUCAACAAUGGGGAGUUAUAGUAAAGAACUGUUUGAAUAAAAACCUUAGUAUGUACUGUCAGGAGCUCUCUUAAAGGGGAUUGUUCACCUUUCAAUUAAAUUUUAGAGGCCUAUUUAUCAAAGUUCGAUUUUAUCUCAAUAUUAUCUGAAAAAAACUGUGACCAAAUCCGUACUGGUUUUUUCUCCGUAUUUAUCAAUACACUUUCCCGAAUAUUUUGUUUGCGGAAAAAAAUUUGCACCCUAAACUCAGAUUUUUUCCCGAAAACCCUGAAAACUUCAGAAUAUUGCACGAAACCCAGCGCAGAUCAAACA